AUGCAGAAAUCGGAGGGAGUAGAUGAAACCACAGAUUCGUGCGGUAGAUACAUUGCACAUGCGUUAAUUGGCGUGUUAGAGGAGGCGACCCCUGGCAGAUCUUAUCUUUUUGCGUCAAAAAAACUUGAAAAAGCGAAUAAUUUAACAAUUACCAGAUUUGUUCAAGACUCUUUAACCAAUUUCUUCUUACCUGAUGCAAUCACAGGGGAAAAAUUUAUCUUAUUUUUAUCUGAUGCUGCACCUUACAUGGUGAAAGCAGGACAAAAUUUAAAAAAUUUUUAUUCUGACAUGUUACAUGUAACCUGUUUGGCUCAUGGAAUUAAUAGAGUAGCAGAAUGUACAAGAGAGGAAUUUCCUUUGGUAAAUGACAUGAUUACCUUUGUAAAAAAAGUAUUUUUAAAAGCCCCAAUACGUAUUCAGUUGUACAAAGAAAAAUGCCCAAAUAUUUCCAUACCCCCACAACCAGUUGUAACACGUUGGAGUACAUGGCUUGAUGCAGUUAUGUUUUAUGCCGACAAUUACGAAACAGUUAAAAGUGUAAUAGACGAUCUGACAGACUCCUCUUCCUCCGCUCUUAUGAGUUCUAAAAAACUUUUUAAAAAUCCUCAAAUAAAAAAAGACCUAAUUUUUUUAAAAACCAAUUAUUUUUUUGUUUCUACCACUAUAACAAAAUUAGAAAAAUCAUAUGCUUCUUUAACAGAGUCGGUUGCUCUAAUAAAUCAGUUUGAGUCGGAUUGUAAAAAAAUCUGUGGAGUUACUGGGUCACUGUUUCGCAAAAAAAUGGAAUCUGUGAUUCAAAAUAAUACAGACUUUCAUAUUUUACAAAAUAUUGCAAAAAUGUUUGCAGGUGCAAAUACUAUAAAUGUGCCGGAUAUAAAAACAAGUAUAAUUUGUAAAUAUAAGUAUGCUCCUAUUACAUCAGUUGAUGUUGAAAGAAGUUUUUCUGUUUUUAAACACGGACAAGAGACAAAGUUUCCUUCUGGAAAACUUUGA